AUGGAGAACUUCACGAAACAUCAAGACACCGGCACAGACACGAUCCAAUGCUGUGGCACGAAGAUUGCAACGAAGAAUGUGUUCGUACUCAAUGCUACUGUAGACUCGAUGGUUUCGUCCGGAAUCAUUAUGCCUCUGGCGUCCGAACAAGGUCAUUCCACUAGUGAAUCGAUGAUAUCGUUGUUGCGAGAAAACCAGAAAAAGGAGUUGACGCACGACGGAAUGAAGGGAUUCGUUGGCUCGACAGACACACAGAAAGUAUCUUGGGUUACAUCAAGCGGUUCUCCGAAGUUCAUGAGUAGUGGCAAGCCUCGCUGCACGUAUCCAGGGUGCAUGAAGCAAGUUCAGUUGAAAGGUCUGUGUCGUGCACAUGGUGGACGCAGACUCUGCUCGGAACCAGGUUGCACUAAGGUGGUCAACUUGAAAGGCAAAUGUAUUGCUCAUGGCGGUAUCAACAUUUGCUCGGAAUCUGGUUGCGUUAAGAAAGCGUGGCUUCAUGGCAAGUGCAGUGCUCAUGGAGGAGUGAAACGCUGUCGUGAAGAAGGAUGCUCGAAAACGGUCCAUGCUCGUGGUCGGUGUUGCAAACAUGGUGGAGUUGUGCGGUGCUCCGUUGCAGGGUGUGUCAAUCAAGUUAUAACGAUGGGGAAGUGCGCAGCACAUGGAGGAGGUAAGCGUUGUUCACAACCAGGCUGCACCAAGCUUCGGUACAGAAACGGAAAAUGCACUGCGCAUGGAGGCGGAGCACGAUGCACGCACCCAGGUUGUACCAGACUUCAGAACAAGAAUGGCAAAUGUUGCUCGCAUGGUGGGAGUCCUCAGUGCUCGCAUCCGGGCUGCGAGAAACGUGUCGUGACGAGAGGCAAGUGCUCGAACCAUGGUGGUGCAAAGCGAUGCUCCACUCGCGGAUGCCGGAAGAUUGCUGGGCCAAGUGGCUUGUGCCCUGCUCACACUGAGAAUUGA